UUCACCGCUUCCCCUUUACAUGUGUAUAUAAAAUAAAGUAAAAAAACCAGAAACAGACUUCAAAGCCUCCUCCAUUUUGCCUACUUAAAGAAACAAAAAUAAUAGUCUCUGAAAGACACACAGAAGCCAGCUAUAACUCUCUCUCUCUCUCUCUCUCUCUCUCACACAUAUACAGUAGUAAAGAAAAGGAAGAAAGAUAUGAGUUUGCUCAGCUGGGUUCUGGCCGUGCUUAAUUGGUUAAGUAAUUUCCUCAUUAAUCAGCACGGCGGCUUUAAUCCGUUUAGACCAAAGGAGGUCAACAUCUUGCUGUUAUGCCAGGAUAUGGCCUGCCAAGCCCAAAUGGUUUUACUCUUCGGGGAUGAGUGGGCUUCGAUGAAUUCGUGGGUGUCUAUUAUUGGGAAUAUCAAGUAUAAGUUUUUUUGUAUAGGAGGACCUCAGAUAGCUCGUAGAGUUUGGAGAGACUAUGGCAAGAUGGAUGCAGUUGUGUACAUUGUGAAUGCUGAUGCUAUAAUCAGGGGGCGAACAGAAGAGCUGAAUGCUGAACUCAGGGAGCAGUUUGCAGGGCCAAGAGAAGACCUGAUUGAUCUACGCUCUGAUGAGGCCUUUGCGGAAGCUCCAUUCCUUAUAUUUGGCGUAACAUUUCUUGAAGCUUUUCUUAACCCAAGAGAGAAAUUGCGUUACUUCCUCGAGUUGCCCAGUGGUGAGGCCAGUGUCACCAAAGAGUUGGCAGACGCAAAUGACCGUCCCCUUGAGGUUUUUUGGGCUAAAGCAGGCAACAAAAUGCAGUAUCUAGAUGGUUUCAAAUGGCUUUCUCAGUACAUUUAGUAGUAGUAGAGAUGGAAUAAAAAAAAAAUUUCUUUUUUUUAAGAGAGAGGGAGAGAUAGUAGAGGUUGUGUUUUAUAUUUACAUUUAGGUCUAUUUGGGUAUCGUUUAUUUUGUUGAAACUGAAAAUUUAUUACUGAAAGUACUAUAGAUAAAAGUAAAAGUUAGUUGAAUAGUACAGUGGGGUUAUGAAUAGUACCAAAAAAUGUAGUAGGGCCCAUGAAUAAUAGCAAAUAUGAGCUGAAUAGUGAAAUAAUUUUCAUUUAUAAUUUGUAUCCAAACAGAGGCUUAACAUCCUUCUCAAAACGAAAUAGUAUCUUAUUUAUCUUAUACGCAUUAAAU